AUGGGCUGGUUCUGGGCAGACCCCGUCGAACCCACCGCCAGUGCUCCCGCACCCCGCCGAAACCCUCCCCCAAACCACCCCACCAGUGGCAAACCUCCCGCAUCAUGUCCCAUGCACAAGCCCGAGACCACCGCCGCGCCCCCCAAGGACGCCGCCGGCGAGGAGAAAGAGCCCUCAGACACGGGCAUGAACCCGCUCAACUUCAUGUUCUCCAACCUGCCGCAGACGCGCGCGCCGGGCCAGAAGCUGGUUCUGCCCACGGAGCGCGAAGUGUCGUCGAUCCCGCGCGGCGCCGACAGGGGCGAGGGCAACUGGGAGUACCCGUCGCCGCAGCAGAUGUACAACGCCAUGAAGCGCAAGGGCAACGACCACAUCCCCGAGGACGCGGUCGAGAGCAUGGUGGCCGUGCACAACUUCCUCAACGAGGGCGCGUGGGGCGAGAUUGUGGAGUGGGAGCGGCAGUUUGGCGGCGGGGUGAUGAAUGCGCUGCGGGAGAAGCAGAUGGAGGAUGCGGUGGCGGAGGCGGAGGCGGAGAGGGAGAGGGAGAGGGAGAGGCAGAGCGAGCCGUGGCCGAGGUUGUUGAGGUUCCAGGGGAGGAGUAAGGAGUUGACGCCGAAGGCGAGGAUCUUGCAGAUGCUGGGGAGGGUGUAUCCCGAGAAAUACGGACCCCCGCCGUUUGACAGACACGACUGGUACGUCCUCCGCGAGGACGGCCAGGAGGUCCGCUACGUCAUCGACUACUACUCCGGCGCCCCCGAGCCCACCGGCGAGCCCGUGUUCUACCUCGACGUCCGUCCGGCCAUCGACAGACCCUCCGCCAUCGCCGAGCGCGCCAUCAAGUGGGGCGGCAACGUGUGGGAGAAGGCGAGCGGCGCAGACGUGCGACGGGCCGCAGCAGAGGAGGCGAAGAGGAGGAAGUACUAA